AUUAGAACACAGCAGUGCCGAUCACACACACGCACACACACAUCACUUAUAUUAUACAGAUUUAUUAUAUCACACACACACACACACACACACACACACACACACACACACACACACACACACACACACACACACACCAAGGGGAUUAUUACCACAGCGUUAAUCUGAACACUUUAAUAACGGAGUAAAAACUGAACAGAGAAAUGAGGCGGAUUUCAGUGUGUCCCUUUCUCCUGCUCUUCUUCAGCUCAGUGUCCGGUAGCGCUCCUCUGCCUCGAGCUCAGAAUUUGACCUGGACAUCAUUUAACUUUAAAACCAUCCUGACCUGGAGCUCUGACACUGACCACACACACACCGUCGAGUUCUCCCGGGUGGGGAGAAACAGACAGAGGAAUCCUCACUGCAUCCGAAUCUCUCAUCCGGAGUGUGACCUCACAGAUGACCUCAGUGACCUUAAAGCUGCCUACACUGCAGACGUGCUGACUGAGCUCAUGACCUUUGACCCUACAGAGCUCCCGUUCACUCAGUCCAAACGAUUCUGCCCUUAUAACGACACUGUAAUCGGAGCGCCCCAGUUCAGUGUAGAGAUGGAUGAGAACGGUACGAUUGUGCUUCACAUGGCGGAGCAGCAGACGGCGCUGUACAGAGACGGACGUCACCUCACACUCCGAGACGUCUUUAAACACGACCUCAAAUACAGCAUCAUAUACAACAAAGCAGGAAGCACAGGAACGAAGCAGACUGUGGUGUCUGACAGUGAGGUGGUGAUGAAGGAUGUGGAACGAGGACCCAGUUACUGUUUCAGAGUCGCAGUGUUCAUCGCGUCUCGCAGAGCAAACAGGAAACUGGCCAAGUGGACUUUACCCAAGUGUUCACCUGCAUUGACCUCUGACCUCUUCACAGAGUUGGACCCAGUGCUGGUCAGCGCUGGACUCCUGGUCAUUGCGGCGCUUCUCAUCAUUGUAAUAGUUGUGAUUGUUUGCUGCUGCAGACGGAGAGGAAGAGACAAGCAGACGGAGGAGGAGGUUCAUGUCAUUAAAGAGGUUUAGAGGAAACGUUCCUCAGCAGGUCUUCAUGUGAGAGCUGCUCUUUAGUUUCUAUGAAACAGAAACAUGAUCAGAUCUGAUCACACACACGUCACACUCCAGCUUCAACACUCACUACAUCAUUACACAAAUAUCUAAAAUAUAACUCUAUUAAUGAUAACAUCUACACUUCUGAUUCUGACACAUACAGUGUCCUCCAUUAAUAUUGGCACCCUUGGUAAAUAUGAGCAAAGAAGGCUGUGAAAAAUUCUCUCUAUUGUUUAACCUUUUGAUCUUUUAUUGAUAAAAUUCACAGAAAUAUUCUGCUCUCAUGGAUAUCAAACAAUUACAAACACAACACGGGUUUAUCAGAAAAAUCUUUGCUAAUAGGUGUGCAACAAUUAUUGGCACCCUUUUAGUCAGUACUUUGUGCUACCUCGCUUUGCUGAGAUAACAGCUCUGAGUCUCCUGUAACGCCUGAUGAGGUUGGAGAAUACAUGGCGAGGGAUCUGAGAGCGUUCCUCCAUACAGAACCUCUCCAGAUCCUUCACAUUUCAGGUCCGCGCUGGUGGACUCUCCUCUUCAGUUCACCCCACAGGUUUUCUCUGGGGUUCAGGUCAGGGGACUGGGAUGGUCAUGGCAGGACCUUGAUUUUGAUUCAGUCCCAAAAACAUUAAAGAUCUCCCUCCAUAUUUAACCGUAGGCAUGAGGAACUUUUCCAUACGGCUACCUCUCUGUGUGCUCCAAAACCCCCUCUGUGUUUAUUACCAAAAAGCUCUAUUCUGGUUUCAUCUGACCGUAGAACCCGAUCCCAUUUGCAGUUCCAGUCGUGUCGGCACACUGAAGACGCUCGAGUGUGUUUUUGGAUGAGAGUAGAGGCUUUAGUCUUGAAACCCUUCCAAACAGCUUGUGGUGAUGUCGGUGACUUCAGAUUGUAGUUUUGGAGACUUUCUGACCCCAAGACACGACUAACUCCUGCAGUUCUCCAGCUGUGAUCCUUGGAGAUGUUUUAUCCACUCGAACCGUCCUCUUCACAGUGCGUUGAGACGAUAUAGACACACGUCCAAUUCCAGGUCGAUUCAUAACAUUUCCAGUGGACUGGAACUUCUUAAUUAUUGCCCUGAUGGUGAAACGGGCGUUUUCAACGCUUGUGCUGUUUUCUUAUAGACACGCCCCAUUGUGUGAAGCUCAACAACCUUCUGCCGCACAUCACAGCUAUAUUCCUCGCUCUUACCCAUCGUUAUGAAUGACUGAGGGAAUUUGGCCUGUGUGUUACCUCAUAUUUAUACCCCUGUGAAACAGGAAGUCAUGGUUGAACAAUUUCCUGUUCCUAAUCACCCAAGUCCACAAAAUAAUUUUUUUUUUUUUAAAUAUCAGUGGGAAUAUACUUCAAAUAUAUUUUUCUCAUAUGAAUUCAUAGGAAUUCAUAAUUAUUGCACACCUAUAUUUAACAAAGGUUUUUUUGUGUUUGUAAAAACAGUGUUUGUAAUUGUUUGAUAUCCAUGAGAGCAGAGUAUUUCUGUGAAUUCUUUGAACAAAAGAUCAAAAGGUUCAACAAAAAAGACAAUUUUUCACAGCCUUCUUUACCCAUAUUUACCAAGGGUGCCAAUAUUAAUGGAGGGCGCUGUAGUGAUUAAAGUAUAUAAAUUUAGUGUUUUAUAUUGUAUUUUUUAAUAUGUUUAAUGUGCCUUACAUUAAUGUGUUACUCAGGUGUAAAUAUUGAGGUAUGGUGAAUAAAUAUUUAUUUAUUCUACAGAAAUGUGUAAAUAUGUAAAUAUAUGUAAAUAUAUUACCUGCUAUAUUUAUUGCAUAUAAUAUAUAUAUAUAUAUAUAUAAGUACAUUAUAUUAUAUUCCAUAAAAAACUUUGCUGAUAUCACACACACAGUGUAAUAAAAUAAACAAUUUAGCAGAGAAACAUUUAUAUUCUUUAUGUAUUAAUAAAUAAAUAAGUAAAUGUUUUGUAAACAAUCUGUGGAUGUUGUAUGUGUAACAUCAUGUUGAGCGUGUUUAAUCUGUUUAUUAUUAUAUUAUUUAACAC